CUUCACUUCUAUCCCAGCGCAUAGCAACGACAACGAGAUAUUCCUACGAGUAAUCCAUCUACCCGCGUCGAACUACUGUCUCAGGUCUCCUGUUCUGAACUAUCAUUGGAAUUUACAAGGAAGAUGCAUUCAUCGCUGUGGCUCAUCCCGCCCAGCGCUGACAACCCAUUCAACAAAUCCAUCCAAGAUCUAAUUACAAACACACUGCCCUCGGAUUUCCCUCAUGCGCCAAAGAACAACUUCAUCCCACACGUCACAAUUACUUCGGACGUCGAUCCCGCAAAGACAUAUGAGUCCAAACCACAAGAGUGGCUCGACAGCUUAACUCUGCCGGAAUUCAAACGUGAGUCCAACGAAGUCAUCGUUGAACUUGAAGAGCUGGAGGCCGGUGAGCCCUUCUUCAAGAAAGUCACGUUACGGGCGAAGAAGGACGACAAUUUAAUCAAAGUCGCGGCGGCGUGUAGACGGCAGGGCCUAAGCAUUUCGGAGGACGAGGCAUCACAGUGGGCGGAGAAGGACUAUCUGCCUCAUCUGAGUUUGUUCUAUGGCGACAUUCCCCAAGACGAGGUGCAGAAGAAGAUCGGGUUGAUUGAGCUGCAGUUGGGGUUUGAGCUGGGAAGUCUUUUCGAUUGUUGUGGCGGGACGCUGGCUAUGGGUGGGAAGUUGGUGCUUGUGGACACGGGGAAGUCUAUUGAGGAGUGGAAACCUAUUGCGGAGAGGGAGUGUCCUUGGGUGAUGUGGAGGAUGGCAAAGGGUUUGGUAUGAGAAGGAGGUCUCAUUGUGUACCU